GUUCUCUUUCCGGAGUAUCUGCUCAAUUAAAGCCAGGCAGCAUGCUAGCAAACUUCGCCGGUGAUCAAUCUAAAACUAAAUUUUUCUAGUGCUUUAGUCGGAAGAUGUGUUUUCUCUAAAGUGAGAAAGGUGGCAUAGGACAAUUGUUUUUGUCCCUUCAGAGCAUAUCGGAGAAGCAGCGCAAGAUGAUAGAACCAGAACUCUUGACAGAGGUACCCGCUGCAUUGAAACGUCUCGCCAAGAUGGUGGUGAGGGGUUUCUAUGGGGUGGAGCACGCCUUGGCCCUGGAUGUGCUCAUUCGCAACCCGUGUGUCCGUGAAGAGGACAUGCUGGAGCUUCUGAAGUUUGACCGAAAGCAACUGCGCUCCGUACUCAACACGCUGAAAGCUGACAAGUUUGUCAAGUGUCGUAUGAGAGUGGAGACGGCCCCGGAUGGCAAAACGACUCGACACAACUACUAUUUCAUCAAUUACAGGGUUCUCGUGAACGUGGUCAAGUACAAACUGGAUCACAUGAGACGGCGUAUAGAGACUGAUGAACGCGACUCCACCAACCGUGCCUCAUUCCGAUGUCCCUGCUGCUUCUCCACUUUCACUGAUCUAGAAGCCAAUCAGCUGUUUGACCCCAUGACAGGUACAUUCCAUUGCACAUUCUGUCAGACGGAAGUGGAAGAGGAUGAGUCUGUAUGCCCUGAUGCCAGGACACUGGUUGCCCGAUUUAAUGAACAGAUUGAGCCCAUCUAUGUACUGUUGCGCGAGACCGAGGAUGUGAAUUUGGCUCAUGAGCUGCUGGAACCUGAGCCCACAGAGAUCCCUGCCCUCAAGCAGAGCCGGGAACGCAAUGCGUUGGCUGCUGCGAACGCUGCGAGUGGCCCCCACCGGGAAGCCUGGUCCAACAAGGGCUCGACCUACGCUGACCUUUACACCCAAAAUGUUGUUAUCAAUAUGGAGGAUCGGGAUGACCCACAGAAGCAAGCCAGUGAGGGCACAGGAUUGAAGGAGAGGCCCGUCUGGUUGACUCAGAGCACGGUGGAGGGUGCUUACAGCGAGACGGACAUGCUGAAGAAUCGGGGAGACAUUGCGACCGGGAUCCAGGAUGGCGCAAGUCACCCAGGAGCCGGCCAGCCAGAUGAGAACGAAGAGGUGAUGCGAGCCCUGCUCAUCCAUGAGAAGCGAGCCGUGGCGGGACCCGGUGGAGGCGGAGCAAAAGCUGCCGCCAGAGGGCUCGCGUCCGCCUCGGCAAACGCCAGCGACUCGGAGAGCGACACGAGUGAAUCCGAUGAGGAGGCGCCCACUGCUCCUCCCCCUCACGUAGCCGCCGCCGCUGCCGCCGCCGCCGCUCCUCGGCGUGUCGCAGAGGAGGAAGAGGAGGAUGACGACGACUUUGAGGAGGUGGGAGAUGAGCCCACAGUGAUGGUGGCAGGCCGGCCGUUCUCUUAUGGAGAGGUGAGCCAGAGGCCAGAGCUGGUAGAGCAGAUGUCUGCACAGGAGAAAGAAGCCUACAUUGAAAUGGGCCAAAAACUCUUUCAAGACAUGUACUUUUGAAAACUCAUCCCAUUUUUUCUUUUUAAUAACAUUUACCGCUGCCCCUUUAUACUCCGGGCCCGGACUCACCGACCAACACGCAGCUUCCCAAGUAAUUGCAUUCGAUGUUCUUUGAAUGAACAAAGUGUACACACGCGCGUCGUCAGUGUUGCCUCAGAGGUCACUCUGAAUAGUGUUCAUUCCUGAGUAUGUUCUACAGCUUGCAAACUCGCUAUCUACAUUUUGUGCCAAUGUUUUUUUUUUUUUUUUUUUUUUAUCAGCUGUGAGUUUCAGCAGCUGUUGUCUUUUUUUCUCAAGACAGAAAUCGGUCUCAAGUAUGCUACAUAGUGCGUCUAUGAAGAAUCAACCCAUAUUGAAAGGUUCAAACAGUUGCUCAAUAUAAAGAGCAUUGUAUCAUGACAUUUCAGUCUGAAAUACAUUUUCCUCUCUUGCAACCAAUCUGUAUUGUUUUUCUUUUGAAAUAUUAUUUUGAAUUCUACAGGGCUCACAUUGAGUCAACCAAGCAAGUCUUUACUUCUCAACAUGCUUUCAUUUUUGACUGGUUUAAUCUUGCCAGUCCCAGCAUGUGGCGCUUGGAUGUUAGGCCACUCCCUGCACAUGUGAAGGAUGUUUUCUGAAAUAUCCUCACUAUUAUGAAACAGCCCAUGAGCAAUGAUGGUUAUGUGUUGCCUUCAGUGGCAUCAGACAACCGGAAUAGGAGCCGCCAUCCAUUGAGCAUAGAUUUUUUUUCCAGCUCUUACGGAAUUUUCCCCUCAGUUUUCUCUUCAGUAAGUAAAAUGAACGUUCAAUCGGAUUCAGUCCAGGUGAUUGACUCGGCUAUUGCAUCACUUUCCACUUCUUUGCCUUAUCCAGGUUCAAAUGUCAAGCUCUGUAGAGGAACUUGCUGAGGUCGGGUACCUCUAGAGGGAAAGCCCUCGUAGCCCAUAUAUCUCUUUUAAGUCAGAGGAUGGACACCUGUAGGGCAGAGCCUCAAAGGUCAGGAAGAAAACGGCAUUCGGCCUCAUUAAAGCAACCCCCACCCUUCAGGACAGUGCAAUUAAAAACCUAAUCCCAUGCUGUGUCAUUGAUCUGGCGAGGCAAGCACGGCAGAGGAAGAUAUGUUAGCGCUUAUAAAGUAGCUGAACGGAAUUCAACCUGGAAACCGUAAAGUGGGUGUAAAACCUAAAAAGACC